AUGGAAUUGAUUGAAGAUUGGGUUGAUCGCGCAAUGUCUUGUUUCUACAGAGACAGGGACAAGGAUGAUCCGGAAAAAAGAGAAAACUCGCGAUCGGAAGUCGCGAUUUACCCAAUAAGUCUGGAUCCAGCAAAAGUGAAUAAGGAUUUUGAAUGUCUUGUGAAAGAGCUUGGGCUCAGCGAUGAGAAGCAGCAGGAAAUGAACGAUUAUUCGAUAGAGAAGAAAAUGUCGUUGUUGGUUUCUCAAAAUGGCUUACAAACCGAAGACGCUGCUCAAUUCAUACAGUUUCUCGAGCAGCUCAACAAUUCGUUUAUCGUCGAUUCGAACACGUUGCGACAACUCCAAGAACUUGUCAUUUCCUUAAGAACUCAAAGUUUCAGUUACUUGGAGAGCUUUCUAUCGCAAUCGGGCCUCUCUCUACUCACUCAAUUGUUGGACAAGUGUCAUCUACAGUAUUCGUUGGAGCAACCUGCCUUGUUUUUUCUAUACGCUCUGCGGGCUUUGCUCAAUUCGCCGAACGGCCGUACUGCAGUUCUACAGGACGAGAAUGUGCUUCUGAAUAUCGCGCGAGCCGUCGAUUUUCGCGAUUUCAAGUGUAAAAUAGUCGCCAUCGAAAUAUUGGCGGGUUUGUGUUUUAUUCCCGAAGAAGGACACGUUCAAGUGUUGAAGGCGCUUACACAGGUGAGCUCGGUGAUCGGCGAAAGAACGAGAUUCCAAACUCUGGUUUCUGACCUACAUCGAUUGUUUUCGACGGAUCGAGAUACGGAUCGGGUCCGAACCGCCAUUUUCGGACUCAUCAAUGCUUUGUUGAGAACUGGACCAGCUGAGACGUGCGCCACUUACCGCCAGCAUUUGCGCUGCGAGCUGCUCUUGCUCGGUAUGACGACUGCGAUCGGAAUGUGCAGAGCAGGCGCUUCAUCUCGUCUCGAAGAUCAUAUUGAUCUAUUCGAGAUGAUGCGCAAAGAGGACGAACUUUCGGUGUGUUCGACCUCGUCCAGCUCAUCCGAUGCUGGAAUUGAUUCUGGCAAUCAUACCCCGGUCGAUUUCGAAUCUGCAGUAGGAAUGGCUGAAGCGCUAAAUCAGAAGCUCAAGAAUACCCAAGCGCUUCCCCAUUUUAUUUCCUUACUUCAACAUCUAUUUAUGGUCCCUUCCGAUGAGCAACAUGUUCCGCUUUGGCGAUUAUUUGACCUUAUACUCCAACAUUUAACCCUCCAAAGUACCGUUGAAGGAAUUUCGGAUAUCCAUGCGCCUGUGAAGAAUAAUGUAGAUAUGGCUGAAAUUCUCGCAAGACUUCAAAAUCAUUGUGACUAUGAGAGAGUAGAGAAAGAGCUAGAGAAGGCUCGAGAAGACAUGGUUGCUGAAAGAACGCGCAUACUCGAGCUCGAGAAUCGUCUGGCCGAUGCUGGAGAUCAUGGACGAGCAACCAGUGGUAGCAGAAUUUCAAUGGCAUCCACAUCGGCCUCAUCGAGCCCAUCGGACCCAUGUCCUUCACCGCCUCUUCUACCUCCAGUGUGUCCGCCAACUGCCCCACCGCCACCACCACCAAUAAUGGGAUUGAAUGCACCAAAAGAGCAGACACUAAAGAAUGUUCCAGAACCGUCAAAUAACAUGAAACGGCUGAAUUGGCAAAAAUUGUCGGCUGACAAAGUAAAAGGAACAGUUUGGGAUGGAGUAGAAGACGAGAAAAUAUACAAACAGAUGGAUAUGACCGACCUCGCAAGUUGCUUCGCGGCCAGCUCAUCACAUCGAGACGAUGACAAUGACACCAUUUAUGGUACGAUAACUCGUCGAUCCCAAGCAAACAUUUCCGUCAUUGAUCCUAGAAGAUAUCAGCAUUGCAUGAUAAUGUUGAGUAAGCUGAAACUGAGCCACAAUGAAAUAAUUCAAGCGCUGAUGUCGAUGGAUGAGAAUAACAAAUUGCCGAAGGAUAUGAUCGAGCAGAUGUUGAAAUUUGUGCCGACCAAGGAGGAACAAAAUCUAAUAAAUGACGCCGUGCAAAAGCAUGGAACCGCGACGGUUCUUGCGACAGCCGAUCGAUAUCUCUACGAAAUUUCUUUGAUACCUCGAUUUGAGCAGCGACUCCGUUGUCUCAAUAUUAUCCGAUCCUUCCGUGACAGCAUUGACUCUCUCAUUCCUCUGAUCCAGACAGUUACAAAAGCUUCGAUAACAAUGCAAUCUAGCAAACGAUUCCGUCAAUUUCUCACAAUUGUUCUCGCUAUUGGAAAUUAUCUGAAUCAUGGAAAACGAUUGGGAAAUGCUUAUGGAUUCGAAUUAUCAUCAUUAAACCGAUUGAGCGAUGUGAAGAAUUCAACAAGAUCAGAUCGCAAUUUAUUGCAUUGGCUCAUUCAAUUCUUAGAGAAGAAAUAUCCAGAUGUAACGAAGCUUAAAAGAGAUUUGAAUUCUGUUCUGGAAGCGACGAGAUUCAACCAAGCGGAGACUGCGGCUCAAAUUCGGGCUUUGCAAGAAAACUUGCUGACCGUGCGAAAGGAGCUCACAAUUCUGGAAACAUCCGGAAUGACGGAGCUGCCGGAAAGUGUUCCGAAUGAGAACGACCGAUUUGCAGCAGUUGCCAAGUCAUUCAUCAAUUCGGCAACUCAAGAUUACCACAACCUUGAGAAACAAUUUCGAGAUAUGCAACUCAAAUUUUCCGAGUGCACGAAAUACUUCUGUAGUGGUUCAACGACUCCUGAAGAAUUCUUUUCUCUAAUUGCUAAAUUCAUCACAACCUUCUCCGAAUACCAUCAGCAAUUAUGGGCAGAAGUCGAAGAAGAGGAGAAGCUGAAACGACAGACGAUUGCGAGAACGUUUCUAGCCAAAAAAUCAACAACUCGUCGCAAAGAUCAUAAGGAGCAUGACUUCGAGCAACUCAUCAGUGCCCUCCAAUCCGGUGAUAUUUUCAAAGACGAACUCUCCCGAUUGCGCAUCUCAUUUCGAACGAAGAAAAAUGUGAAAUAA